AUGAGCCUCAAGCACGCCGCGCUCACGGACCUCGCGGCAGCACGCUCGGCCGACAAGCACUGGGCCAUGCCGCCCAGUCCGUCCAAGCCAGCGCCCCGUCGCUCCGACGUCGCCCGAUCCUCCUCCUCCACGGGCGCGGUCGAGGCGCUUCUUGUCGUCUUGCAGCUGCCCGUCUUUGGCGACUACUGCUACCUCGACGAAUGGGUUGCACUCGCUGCCACGUGCCGAGAGCUCCGGCACGAGAUGCGCAUGUACACGCGCAUCCUCGACGUCGUGCCUUUCCGCGCAGCCAUCUCGGACGUCCACACGUCGCAGCUCUUGAACACGUUCAGCCACAUUACGACGCUCCAGCUCACGGGCUGCGCGACGGUGACGGACGCCGGCCUCUCUGGAUUGCACCAUCUCUUGCAGCUGCACUCGAUCGACCUCAAGGGCUGCGACCGCAUCACCGACGCGACCUUAAUGCAGCUCGCGCGCCUCCCUCGCCUCAUCGACGUCAACCUCGGCUACUGCAGCAAGGUGACGGCCGACGGCAUUUGUGCCAUUGCUGCCAACGGAACGCUCGCCACGCUCGAUCUUAAGAGCUGCAAGCUUGUGGAUGACGCCGCGGUCGUCGCCCUGGCGCCGCUCCGAACGACGCUUCGGUCGCUCAACCUCUGGUACUGCUUCCAAGGCCAGCUCAGCGAUGCGAUUUUCGAGACGCUCUCGUCGUUUUUGCACCUGCGCCACCUCAACAUUGCCAACUGCAGUCAACUGUCGGACACGGGCCUCGCCAAGCUCGCGUUGUGCACCGAGUUGGAGUCGCUCGAGCUCGCGAACCUUAGCGACGUGACCGACGUCGGUCUCCACGCCCUCACGCCGCUGCGCAAAAUGACGUCCAUCGACCUCUCAGGCUGCUACUCAAUUACGGACGCGGGCACGUGCGUGUUCCGGUCGUGGCCUGCGCUCACGCACUGCAACCUGUGGUACUGCUCCAACAUUACCGAUGCGACCGUGAUGGCGCUCGGCGGCUGCCACGACCUCGCCUACUUGAACCUGAUGAAGUGCAUCCAGCUCACGAAUGCGUCCAUGACCGUACUUGCCAAGCUGCGGUCGCUCCGAACCCUCGACCUCAGUAACUGCGACAAGAUCACCGACGACGGCCUCGCACUCCUUGCGACGCUGCCAGCCCUCUCGUCCAUCAACUUGAGUGCCUGCGGCGGUAUCUCGGACGCUGGUGUCUACGCGCUACGGUCGCUUUCAUCGCUGACGACGCUGGAUUUGAGCAACUGCCGGCAGCUUGGCGACAAGGCGCUCGAGGGCAUCGGACAGCUCGCGCAGCUCACGUCCCUCAACCUGAUGCGCUGCAGCAGCAUCACAGACGCCGGUGUCGCGCACCUCGCGCGCUUGUCGUCACUGGUCUCACUCAACAUGGCCAACUGCCGGGACCUCACGGACGUCAGUCUCUCUGUGCUGGGCAAGCACCUCACCCGUCUGCAAUCGCUCGUGCUCUGGUACUGCCACCUCCUCACGGACGCUGGCAUUCGCCACUUGGGUGAGCUUUCAUCGCUGACGUCGCUGGAUCUCGCGAGCUGCAACCUCUUGACCAACGACGCGCUCGUGGCGUUGCAGACGCUGCCACUCGAGUCCCUCGACGUCGGCAACUGCUGCCUCAUCAACGACGACGGAAUGGUCGCGCUGGCCCGCAUCUCGACGCUCAAGUCGCUCAACUUGGCCGAGUGUGGCGACCUCACGGACGCCGGCAUAUCGCACCUGACAGCGCUCACCAACUUGACGUCCAUCAACCUCUGGUAUUGCGACAAGAUCACCAACGAAGGCGUCAACGUCCUCGCACGCGCGACGUCGAUUGCCGUCGAUCGAUAG